GUUAUUAUUAAUAAUACCAAAAGUUGUGUCGAGGCAGAAAGUUGGGACUGGAGAUGAGAAGGAAGGGCAGUAAAAUGCAAGAAGAGACGCUCAGAUCAACAAUAGCUGGCACUGAGUGCAAGGGUGAGAGAUCUGUCUCCCUUUGGGGAAGGGUAAUUAAGCUCUGUCCGUCCUCGGGACCUGGCAGGCUGGAGGAAGAAACAUCAACAGUGUUUAAUCCACCGUUGUCUUCUUACUCCAGUUUCUCUCAAUAUAAGUAGGUCACCAUGGAGAUACAGUACGAAUUCUUGUCAAACUCCUAACCAAUCUGGAGCCACUGAUUUUCUCCAUAUUCUGUCCUGACUGCGGCUUCUUGUCCAACAUAGAGAUUCGAUGAAAAUCAAUGAGAUCUGAAGCAGAGAAGGCAGGGGGUUCUACAGCAAAAUUUACCGAGGGAACCCCCCCUCCUGACUGGCAAAUUUUACAAAGUGCCCUUUUUGAUCAUGCAAAUUUUGCAACAAUUUACAGACAACCCCCGUGUCUGAAGAUUUUAUCAAGGGAGGCCAACCCAAAUCCCCCACGCUAUGAGACAACCACCAAUUUUUCUGAGAAUAUAGGAUAUUCUGUGACACAUUUAUAGGGGUUAGCUGAAUCUGAAUGCCUGAAUUUUAAGUGAGGAGAUGGUUGAUGUACUUUUUGCUAUACAACACAACAGUUUCGGUGUUUGCUCUGUUAAGUUAAUGACAAACAAGUAUGGGUUUACAAAGAGCCACAAACCAGUCUGUAGGGCAGAGUGUGAGACUCUGACUUGGAAACCAAUUUCUGUUAAACUAUAAACAGAACUCUGUUUUGACGAUAGGCUCAGAGUGUGAUUUGAUCUGAACACAUCCCUGAUGGAUGUCCUGUAUGCGACCAUUUCCUCGUGAAAAGACAGACUAAAUCCUGAGGGUAUAGUUCAUUUACUAAGUGUGACGUCCAACACAAAAAGACAAGGGUGUUCCCAUUUUGUGAGGUGUACAGUAUCAGAAGGUUCUAGAAUGGGCCAUUGUGUUCGAUCCGCUGUGGAGGUAAGGCUGAUAUGCACGAUCCAGCUCAGGCAGAUGCAGAUGCAGCCUCUCCAACCACAAGCUGGUCACUUCAGGGCAGCGGGAAGCAAAAACAAGACAUCAGAAUUGCGAAAUACCCCGUACUUAAUGAAGUCAAGUCACAGAGACUGAAAGCCAUGCGCGCUCCUCUACUCUGCCUGGCAUACGCGUGCAUGGUACUUGGACCCGCCUCCGCAGUGGAUCUGAGCAACUGCCUGUCAGUGGGAAUCCAGUGCCACAGCCUUGCUGACUGCAUGAACACACAGGAUGGAAACUUAAUGUGCGUUUGCCACGUGGGUUACUAUGGCAACGGGCUGCAAUGUGAGGACGUCAACGAGUGCGCGUUGGGCUCGCACAGCUGCCACCUGAAGGCACGCUGCAGUAAUACGCCAGGCAGCUACAGCUGCACAUGCCAGGAUGGCUACGUGGGUGACGGCAUGCGGUGUGAGGACGUCAACGAGUGCCUGACCAACAACGGAGGCUGCCACCGCAGCGCCGUAUGCAGCAACACACCAGGAGGACGCACAUGCCGCUGCAUGGAUGGCUUCAGAGGGAACGGGUUCGAGUGCGAAGACGUGGAUGAGUGCGUCAAGGCACGAAUAUGCCACUGGAACGCCACCUGCAUCAACAAUCCGGGCUCCUACUUGUGCACGUGCAAUGCAGGCUACAAAGGCAAUGGUAACUACCUCUGUCUGGACAUCGACGAAUGCUCGGAGACCCCCGGAGUUUGCUCCCCCUCCUUUGGCUACAGAGGGUGCAGGAACUCACCAGGGACUUACACCUGCCUCUGCAGCCCAGGUUACCAGAGCAAUGGACAGGCGUGCCGUGACAUCAACGAGUGUGCCAGCAACAUCUGCAGCGUGUUCUCCUCCUGCGUCAACCUGCCGGGCUCUUUCCAUUGCUCCUGCCUACAGGGCUUUGCCGGUAACGGGGUGACCUGCGUGGAUGUAAAUGAGUGCGUAGGAUCGAACUCCUGCAAUCAGAACGCCAACUGCAUCAACGUGCUGGGCAGCUAUGAGUGCUCCUGUCGUCCUGGCUUUGCCGGGGAUGGACGCCAGUGUGCCGACAUCAAUGAAUGCGCUACGCCCAACACCUGCCCCACCAGUGCCACCUGCGUCAACACAGGCGGCUCCUUUUACUGUGACUGUGGCUCCGGCUUCAUUUUUAAUGGCUCCAGGUGCCAGGAUCUCGACGAGUGUACUCAGGGACGUUGUAGUCCCUACGCCACCUGUUCCAACUUCCCUGGGUCCUUCUCCUGUGUCUGCCGGCCAGGCUAUGAGGGCAACGGUGUCUCCUGCAGGGACGUGGACGAGUGCACGCAGGCUGCGCCAUGCCACUCCAAUGCCCUCUGUGCUAAUCUGCCCGGCUCAUACAGGUGUAGCUGCCAGGCUGGUUACACUGGUGACGGCAUGGCAUCGUGCGAGGAUAUCAAUGAAUGCCUGGUGGACAACGGGGGCUGCCGAAACAAAGCCACCUGUGUCAAUAACAAGGGCUCCUUCUUCUGCUUGUGCUCCCUGGGGUUUCGCCUGGUCAAUCAGACCGUGUGCCAAGACGUGGACGAGUGCCAGGAGCUGCAGGCACCGUGCCAGGCCAAUGAGCGCUGCACUAACACUGAGGGGUCCUACCAGUGCCCCUGCCAGGUGGGCUUCACCCGUUCCAGCACCAACGCCCCCUGCUUGGAUGUCAACGAGUGCAUUAUCGCCAAGCCGUGCCAUACUAACGCCACCUGCCUCAACAUCCCUGGCUCAUUCACCUGCUCCUGCAAGCGCGGUUUCACAGGCAAUGGUACACAGUGCGAUGAUGUGAAUGAGUGUGCCACAGGGGGCACCUGUCACCCCCGGGCUAUCUGCUCCAACUCUCCUGGGGACUUCACCUGCCACUGUCUGCAGGGCUACAAAGGCGACGGGUCCACGUGCCUCGACAUUGACGAGUGCGCCAUCGCCAACCACAGCUGCCCUCCCGAGGCCGUAUGCAUCAACUCGCCUGGCGCACAUGUGUGUUCCUGUCUGAAUGGCACGGUGGCGUACAACAACACCUGCCUGCUCCCCAGUGCCAGUUGUAUCCCGGCCUGCCCACCCUACAGCCUUUGCCACCACUCACCCUCCGGGUACCAAUGCAUCUGCGAUGUGGGUUUCGAAGGGGAUGGACUUACCUGCGCCGAUGUCAAUGAGUGCCACGAAGAUGUAUGUCCAGACAACAGGACAGACUGUGUGAACAUCCCCGGCUCCUAUGUUUGUGUCUGCAAACGCGGGUUCAAGCAGGAUGGGGAAAUCUGUGUCGAUGUGGAUGAGUGUGAAUCGCAGCAGCAGGCCUGCAGCAGGUUCGCCCGGUGCAUGAACACGAUGGGCAGCCACCUCUGCUUCUGCUUCAGCGGCUUCACGGGGGACGGCUACAACUGCUCUGAAAGCAAGCUGUUCCCCUUUGGACAAGAGGUGGGGGACAACACAGUCAAGGCCACAGGGUCCGACACCAACUCUCCCUACAUCACGCACCCUAUGGGGUUCCCUUUCCUGGGAAAAUCAUACAGCAGAGUCUAUUUCUCAGACAACGGUCUCAUCCAGUUCCAGUCAGUCAUGGAGAAUGAGCAGUUCCUGUUCCCCACUGCCUUCCCAAAAGGUUUCCGUGGCAAUGAAAGUGUGGCUAUGCUAGCAGCAUUCUGGGACGAUGCAGACCUCACCAUAGGAGCAGGGAAGCUCUUCUACCAGGAGUACCAUCAACGAAACCUGUCAGACAUCUACUCCCAAAUCGUAUUUGACCGCACGGCAGAAGAAGUGACCCUUUUCGAGCAUCGCAGAGGGGGGCCCGUGUUUACCCCCACCUGGAUCCUCAAGAUUACCUGGGACCAUGUGCUACCAGUGUCCUACCAGAAGGUCAACCUAUCUGAGACCAACACCUUCCAGUGCGUCCUCACUACUGACGGGGAGCGCUCAUUCGCUCUGCUACAUUUUGAUGAGAUGAACUGGGGUCCCGGGCAGAGGCUAUAUCACAUGGCGCUCAUGGGCUACACCGAUGGAAGCAAAAACUUCUACAACGAGCUCGCCUUUCCAGCAGAUAACCUCUUCGGCCCGGGCGGGAGGUACCGACCUCAAGAAGUGAAGGGAAACACAGGUCACUUGGGCCAGUGGGUGUAUGACCUGAGCGGGCCAGCGAACUCUGACAAGGAGCCACAAACAAAGUGUCAAGUGUGGGCGAUGAAGGAACCGCACCCCUCAACGUGGGUGGUAGGUGUGCUUCCCUGCCCCUGCAGCCGAACUCAAGCUCUUGAGGACCUGGCCUUUGGCCCUAUGACCCUGCUCCCCCAGCAGGGGGAGAGAGUGAGAGAGCUGAGGGCCCUCAGAUGGGGCGGGAUCAACGGGCAAGUCUUCCAGUCCAUCCUACCCAAUGCCUACGGUUCUGGAAAGAUAUGUGUAUACGACCCGCAAGGCCCCCUGCUGGCAGGAUACAGCGAGCGUUACUUUACUGCAGCCGCUGUGAAAGACCACAUUGACAAAGACCUCCUCCCGUUUCAGUGGUGCUGUGUCCAGUCUCCUCUCUGCCAUCUCUACCUGCUGAAGCGCCCUCUGGACCGCUGCCAAGGUUACGGCUGGACAAGCCCAGGGAACUUAUAUCCCACAGCCAAGGUGGCUCAGGGCAUUGGAAUGAUGUACGGGAGUCUUCACUUCAUUACCUUUGACGGGACACAGUUCUCUUUCAAGGCCGUUGGCGAGUUCGUCGUGGCCCGCCUUUCCUCCGCCUCAGGCUUCAACAUCUUCACCCUGCAGGCAGAGAUAGAUGUUUUGCAGAUAGAGGGACAGCCCAGCAAGGUGCCUGCUGUGGUGCGCUUGGCCGCGUUCCACCAGGGCAUCGGCAAGGUGGAGUGGCGGUCGGGUACAUCGGGGGAGGGUCUCACAGUUCUGGUGGAUGACGUAGAUGUUCCAGUCAAAGCUGGUGUAGUUCAUGCAGUUAGAGAAGGCUUUGCAGUGCGCUGCCCUUCCCUGGAGCAGUGCAUUGCAGUGUAUGCUGGUGGGCUGCAUGUAGCAGUGUGGCGGGGGACCGGAAACAGCAUGGGAGCCCUGGUGGAGGUUCCACAGCGCUUCCUUCAACGCACGGUUGGGCUGCUCGGCCUCUGGAGCUCCAGUCGCACCGAUGACUUCCUGCUGUCGAGCGGCCGGAUGCUGCCCUGGUCCAGGGGUAGCUUGCCAUCGGAGGAGGCCCUACACAGCUUCGGCCUGUCCUGGACUGUGCCAGUACCAGAGAGUCUUUUGCACUCUGGCCCGCCAUCCAAACUGCUGGAACCAAUCACGACAGCAGAGCUAAUGUCAGUCAAUCCAGUUAUUCUGGAUGACCUGAAGGAAAAAUGCAAAGGUAGCAUGCAGUGCGUCCAUGAUAUCCUGGCCACCAACAACAGCAAAAUGGGCCUUCAGAGUCUGGCGAAUGAGGAGAAAUAUCACAACCUGGCCCUUAUUUUUGGAAACAUGCCCCCCAUCGUGACCAAUCCCACGGUGAUCCAGGUCCAGGUUAACUUCACAUUCCGAGUCCAAUUCACCGCCCAGGACCUCAACAAUGACUCAGUCAGCUUCUCCCUGCUCUUCCCUCGCCCUCCGCUGGCCUCGAUCGGAAGUGGAAAUGGUAUUCUCAUGUGGAUGCCACUAAACGCCCAGCCUGUGACGCUCACGAUCAUGGUGACCGACCAGCAGUCCAGCUCCCUUCUCACCCCCGUGAUCCAGCUGUGCAACUGUUUGAACGGGGGAACCUGCCAGUAUAGCACUAUCGUGGAGAACCACCUGCAAGGCAAGUUCCAGGUGGUGGGCUGUCUGUGUCUGAAGGGCUUCACCGGGCCUUUCUGUGGGCACGCCGCUGAUGCCUGCAAGGGCCAGCCUUGCUUCCCGGGAGUGACCUGCAAGGCCCAGCGGCAUAACUUCACGUGCGGGGAGUGCCCCCCGCGCACUGCCCACCAGGGAAUGCGGGGCUACAAGUGCUUUGAGAAUGACGUCUGCCUCCCUCCGUUCCCCUUCCCGUGCCACAGCAUGGCAGACUGCACCAGCACUGGAUACGACUUCACCUGCAAGUGCAAGCCCGGUUUCACUGGGAACGGACACAACUGUACAGAUAUAAAUGAGUGCAUGGACCCGUCUGCCUGUCCCAAUGCCAAGUUUGAGUGCGUCAACACACCAGGCUCAGUGCAGUGCUCCUGCCGUUACAGGAGCACCGAGGAGUCGGACGGCUGCGGCGACUCUGCUAAUCCCCCAGGGUUUAACAUCUUCAAUGUUUCCAUGCAAUGGAAUAAUCCAGGCAACGAGAAGAAUGGCCUACAGAAGCUCCGCCAAAUACUGUCCAUGGGAUUCCAGAACAAGUUCUAUAGUGCCGCUGAGAAGAAGGUGGGCCAUGGAGGCCAGGCACACAGCGAGUACCGCAUUAACGUGUCGAGCGACACGCCGCACUGGUAUGUGCGGGAUUACCUGAAGCGUGUAAGCCGGCACUAUCGCAUCGAAGCGGCACAUGUUGGAGACCUGGAUGAGUGUGCCACCAAGGAGGUGGCGUGCCAGGCGCCGGCUCUGUGCGCCAACACCUACGGAGGGUACAGGUGUGUCUGCAAUGGCACCAUGGACGUGGUGGAAUCCCAGUCCUGCAUUUUAGCUUCAGAUAACAGUGGGGCCAACAGGACCGGCGAAUCAGAGUCCCAGUCACUGGAGGAUCAGAAGUCUUUGAUCCUGGGCCUGGUGCUAGGCAUCGGUAUUCCACUCCUGCUGUUGCUCCUGCUGGCCGCCCUGGCCUGCUUCUGCUGCUCGCACAAGAAAACCGUCAUCGGAGAAAUUCCCCACAUCGUACCAGAAUACAGCCUGGGCCAGUGCAAUCUCCCUCCCUUCAACUACCUGGACCCAGCACUACACUACAGAAGUCACAGCAGCCCUCGUGUCAUAGACGGCCUCACAGUCAGUGAUUGCUAUCGGUAGCAAGAGUUUGGAUACUCGAAACCAGCCUGAACCUAACCAUCCACUGCAUAUGAAUGCCGAAAAUGCUGUAUUUAUGUUUGCUUGAUUGCUGAUUGGCCUGACAAGUAUUUUCGACCAUUAUAAAUGGUCAUAAUGACAACUAUGUGUCGUGUUACAAUCAAAUUAAAAUCGAUUAAAUCGGUUUUGGUUAAUUAAGAUACAUCAAAUAUCCGGAGGACUGAUGAUGGGGAUGGAAAAAAAAUAUACCAGUAUUGUUGAAAAGAAAAGCUAUAUGGACAGUUUGUCUCUACAAUGUACAGCAAUGAACAUCAUUUACAACCUGAGAGAACAUAUGAAAUUCAGAAUAUAUAAUAAAAGAUAAGCAACAUGGCCUACUCUCAACUUCAUUUACGCACUGUUACUCCUCCCAGAUUCAGCUAUGGUUGGAAAGUCUAUAGGACACCAGAUUCAUAAAGUAAAACAGGCGCCACUGUUGUCAGCCUGCAGUACCUGUACGCACCACUUGGUGUCAGGAGCAAGCAACCUAUGGCAGGACCAGCCUUACAAAGGCCCACGUGACUCAGUAGCUUCAUAACAACAUUGCUGUUUUUAAGAUCAUUGCUGCAAAGAAGAACCUCACAAGUGCCGCCUAACCUUCCCAAGCUUGAGGUUCAAGGACGGCAUGAAACGCGCGAGUCUCCUUCACUGCUCUUCUCCCCUCUGUUGCUCUCUGUCAGUCUUAAUCAGUUGUGUAUAUGUUUCCAAUAGCGAUUAAGGACGUAUCGGUGUAAUUGUGAGCUCUGAAUGAUGCUGGCGCUGCGUCAGGGAAGUGCUUGGUCGUCCUUGCUUGUCAGAGCGCUCCGCAUUUGCGGCUCUGGGUGUGUCUGACGGGGCACGCCUGGCUUUUACCAUGCAGCACCAAGACACUUAGGCGAUUCACUGCUUCAUCAAAACUAAAGAGCGAAGUGGGCAAACAGACACAGGAGUCAAGACAAAGUUGUCUCUUGGAGCUUCUCGCUCUGACUGCUGUCCUGACUGCGGGGGUGCGGCGGGGGGGCUGCCAACAGUCUCGCCCCCCCAUUGGGAUCACAGCAGCAGUUGCCUCUGCGCCAGAGUGGCCACAGCUCCCUGGAGGACGGCCAGAUGUGGCGUGUCGCUCCCCGGGACUGGGGGCACCACAGCUGUGCUGCAGCCACAUGAACCGGAACGCAGCGCUGCAAAGCCUAGCAUGUCGGCCGGGUGAAGGCAGAGUCAUGAUGCACAGCUGAGUCACAGGCUCCAGCCAGAGUCCCGGAGCGCAGUCCAGCGGAUUAUGGGACCGUGGAAGACAGCAUAACCUGCGGAAGUGCUGCACUGAUUCAGGAUCAGACACAGCGGUGGUAAAACAUGACAGAGGAACAAGUCAUCGUGUGACUAAAAAUACCAGCAGUCCACAGUCUAGUUUGGUAUGUGUCUUUAUGAAUCGUACUAUUAUAUAUAACGACACAUAUAUACCUCUAUACACACAUAAUACUGUCCAAAAGCAGCACAUUCUACAAACAUUAUCCUCAUGGUUAACGGGACUAUUUAUAGGUCAGCAACAGGAUGCAUGUCAGAGAAGAGGCAGGUCCAACCUUCUAGGUCACACAUGGCCGCAAUGCAUGGCACCGACCACACCAGCCUGGGAACCACAGAUAUACAGAGUGUAAUUUACCGAGUAGCACCAUCCACGUAAAAGGCGUCGGGUUACCUGAUUAAUGAGUGACUCUUGGACAGGCCUGAAGCUCACUGGUAACUCAGGCGAAAAAAAAAUCCAUUUGCUCAACUGCAAACUGAGAGCCAUGUCAAAACAGGCAGUCAGCCAUACCCUGAAAACUGUUCAUUAAAUAUUAAGUGCUGGUACUUACUUGUAAAUACCCCAUGCUUAACAUUUGUGAAAAACUUGCAAAUGAAGGCAUAAAUAAACCCUGUUGCUACCUCCUAGCCUCCCCCCAUUGUGGUUUGCAUCCUC